AUGGUGCCACAAGGGCCUCCCAACCCGCUUGGCGGAGCCCAGCACGUCCCACCAUCCCUGUUGAGAUCGAGUUCCGGGCUUUUGGGCGGACAGGGGGCUGGGAUGCCUUCACAGAAUGCAUUCCCCUCGUUAGUUUCCCCACGCAACCAGUUCGGUAACCUGAAUAUGCUCGGCAAUAACAACGUUUCAUCUCUGUUACACCAGUCGUUCGGUAAUGGGGGUGCGGGGACCUCUCAGCGCGGGCUUGUCGACGGCGGGCCCGAGCCUGCCCCACACUCGGGCAUUGGGAACGGUAUGGGUUUCACUGCCCCGUCUUCUUCCUAUCUCUCUCCACCUGUGACAGCCAGUCAGAACUCGUCCGGUCAGGUUCAGGGGCAUCAGCAGCAGUUCCCAAACACAUCUGGGAUGUUGACGGCCGACCAGCAACAACAGGCUCAACAGCAGCUCAACCCACAGAAUUUCCAACAUAAUAAUAAUGUCAAUCAGCAGCAGUUUCAUCCUCCCGGGAAUUCCCAGCAACAGCAACAGCAGUUUCAGGGGAUGAGACCCGGUUUGGGGUCUGUGAAGAUCGAGCAGCAAUCGGCAGGCAGUGAGCAAGCGUCACAGCAGCAAUUGCAGGCUCUGAGGAGUAUGGGUUCUGUUAAAAUGGAAGCGCAGCAGAUGCAGAGCAUGGGUAUGGGUCCUGUGAAAAUGGAAGCACAGCAGAUACAGAGCAUGAGAGGUUUGGGUCCCGUGAAAUUGGAGCCCCAGCAUUCGGACCCGUCUUUGUUCUUGCAGCAGCAGCAACAGCAGCUGCUCAGGCAGUCGUCUCAGGCAGCUGCAGCUCAGAUUUUGCAUCAGCAGAGGCUCAUUCAGAUGCAACAACAGCAGCAGCUUUUGAAAGCUAUGCCUCAGCAAAGGUCCCCAAUACAACAACAGCAGCAGCAGCAGUUUCAACAGCAGAACUUGUCAAUUAGGUCUCCCGUGAAACCAGUCUAUGAGCCCGGGAUGUGCGCAAGAAGGCUGACGCAUUACAUGUAUCAACAACAACACAGACCUGAAGACAACAAUAUUGAAUUCUGGAGAAAAUUUGUUGCUGAGUAUUUUGCGCCCAAUGCGAAGAAGAAAUGGUGUGUUUCGAUGUAUGGAAGUGGUCGCCAAACUACUGGAGUUUUCCCUCAGGAUGUGUGGCAUUGUGAAAUUUGCAACCGCAAGCCUGGCCGUGGUUUUGAGGCAACUGUUGAGGUUCUGGCCAGACUCUUCAAAAUAAAAUACGAAAGUGGAACUAUAGAAGAGUUGCUCUAUGUUGAUAUGCCACGGGAGUAUCAGAAUUCCUCCGGGCAAAUUGUUUUGGACUAUGCAAAAGCAAUACAGGAGAGUGUCUUUGAGCAGCUCCGUGUGGUUCGUGAUGGUCAGCUUCGGAUUGUAUUCUCGCCUGAUCUCAAGAUAUGCUCGUGGGAGUUUUGUGCUCGACGCCAUGAUGAGCUUAUUCCUAGAAGAUUACUAAUUCCUCAGGUUGGUCAACUUGGCAAUGCUGCCCAGAAAUACCAGGCGGCUACCCAGAACACAUCAUCCAAUAUCAAUGUCUCGGAGCUACAAAACAAUUGCAAUAUGUUUGUUGCUUCAGCCCGUCAGCUGGCCAAAGCCUUGGAAGUUCCGCUGGUAAAUGAUUUGGGAUAUACAAAGAGAUAUGUCAGAUGCCUGCAGAUAUCGGAAGUGGUGAACAGCAUGAAAGAUCUUAUUGAUUAUAGCCGUGAAACUGGUUCAGGUCCUAUGGAGAGCUUGUUGAAGUUUCCUCGAAGAUCAAACCCAUCAUCCGCAUUUCAAGGUCAAGGUCAAAGUCAAGGUCAAAGUCAACAACUCGAGGCCCAGCUACAGCAGCAGCAGCAGCAAGCGAUGGGCCAAAACUCAAAUAGUAACCCCAUCCAGCCCACACCAAUGCAACUUCCUUCCACAAGCGCUAAUAACACCAUCAACCCUGGGCCCACGACUCCUACUGAAACCAUCGCCAAUCUGCUCCAUCAGAACUCAAUGAACUCCCGGCCCGCCCAAAACCCGAUGUCCGGCCCGAAUGCCUCUUAUGGGGGAAGCACCAUGCAGAUGACGUCCCCCAGUGGCUCAUCUAACACCAUGCCACAGGCAAACCCUCCUCAAUCCCCCUUCCAGUCCCCAACUCCAUCCACAUCCAAUAACAAUAACAAUAAUAGCAACCAUAAUCCACAGCCUACAUCUCAUAAUUCUGUGCCGGGACCUCAUCAUGCAAGCACGGUAAAUUCACCUAAUAUAACAGGGCAACAGAACACUCUUGCGAAUGAUGCGGACACAAAUGACCCCCAGAGCUCGGUGCAGAAAAUCAUACAAGACAUGAUGAUGUCAUCGCAAGUUGGCGGGGGUGGUGGGAGCAUGGUGGGGUUGGGUUCAAUGGGUGGUGACAUGAAGAAUGUGAAUGGAGUUUUGUCAUCGGGUGCUCACGCUGGCGGUAUGAACGGCGGCAAUAUUCUCAUGGGGACUGGCGUGAGUAAUGGUGGUAUGGGGAUGUCGGGCUUUGGGGGUAUGCAGAAUGGGCUGGGCCAGUCGGGCAUGGUCAACGGGAUUCGAGCAGCCCUCGGGAAUAACUCGUUAUCUGUUAACGGGCGGAUGGGGAUAGGUCGGGAACAGGGGAUGAUGAAUUCACAGCAGCAGGAUAUGAACAGCCAGUUGCUUGCUGGUCUUGGGGCUGUCAACGGUUUUAGUAACCUACAGUUUGACUGGAAAACGUCUCCUUAA